AUGGCUAAUGUUAAUGGUGAAACUCCUAUGAAUGAAACUGUUGAUGAUUUUUUGGGUGAUGUUAAUGUGUUUGGUACUCAAAUUAGCAAACUGAAUUUUGGUGAUGAAUUGUAUUUGCAUGCUAGUGAUACUUCAGGAACACCUUUAAUUAAUUUCAAACUCAAAGGCACAGAAAAUUAUAAGGUUUGGGUAUGUGCAAUGGAACUUGCACUUGAAACUAAAAACAAAAUAGGAUUUAUUACUGGAACCUGUGUGAAAUAUGUUGAUAAUGAUGUCUUGUCUAGACAGUGGGAUAUAUGUAACUUUGUGGUUCUUUCUUGGAUUCUUAACUCUGUUACUGAAGAACUUUAUUUGGGACAAAUUUUUACAAAAAAUGCAAAAGUGGUUUGGGAGGAACUGAAAGAAACUUAUGACAAAGUUGAUGGUUCUAUUACAUUCAAUCUUCAUCACAGAAUUCAUUCUUUAAAACAAAAUGGAAAACCUAUUUCUGAAUACUAUCAUAAUUUAAACUCACUCUGGAAACAAUUUGAUGCUCUUGUUAAGUUACCCACUUGUUCUUGUAAUGCUGCAAAAGAAAUUUAUGAUCAUCAACAACUUUUAAAACUCAUGCAAUUCCUUAUGGGACUUGAUGAUGUGUAUCAGCCUGUUAGAAGUAACAUUAUGUUAAAGGGCCCUUUACCUAAAAUCAAGACUGCCUUUGCUAUUAUCUCUAGAGAGGAGUCUCACAGAGGUGUUAACACUUCUGACAACCACUCAAAACCUCAUAAUACUGUUUUUUUUUUGGCAAAAACUUUUGAAAGUGGAAAGAAAAACCUUGGACCAAACACCUCACUUCAGUGUUCUGGUUGUCUCAAAUAUGGUCAUACCCUUGAUAGAUGCUUUGAGGUGGUUGGUUAUCCUCCUGGUUAUGGAAGAAACACUUAUGCUAGAAUAAAUCCAUCUCAAUCUUCUUUUAAAUCUAGUCAUAAUGCUAUGGUUAAUAAUAACUCUAUUGGUUCUAUUAUUGCUUCCAGUUCUGGUUUUGGUUGUAGUUCUAUAUUUGGUUCAAAUUCUGGAUCCAAUAUAACCCUAACCCCUGAUCGAUAUGCUAAGUUAAUCAAUCUUCUGACUGAUAAGCCUCCUUCUAAGAGUGUGCAUGCCAAUAUGGCAGGUCUUACAGUGGGACACCCCAAUGGUACUCAAGCUAGAGUACUUAAAAUUGGUGAUUUAAGACUUGAAAACAAUAUUAUCUUGUUUGGGGUUUUGUUACCCUCUUUUGUUUUAUCUGGAAAGUUCCCUUAUGAGUUGAUUUACAGGUCUAAACCUAAUCUCUCUCACCUUAGGUCUUUUGGCUGUUUGUGUUUUUCUACCAUUUUAAAUAAUGAUGACAAGUUCUCUAGUAGGUCUGAAAAGUGCAUUCUCAUUGGGUAUUCCAAUGAGAAGAAAGGUUACAAACUAUUUAGCUUGGAUAAUAAAACUGUUUUCUUUUCUAGGGAUGUCAAAUUUUAUGAAGGGAUUUUUCCUCUAAAAAUGGUUAAGGAGUCUCUUGGGAAUAAAACUUUUGAUCAAAAUAAAACUACUUUAAAACCUCUUGAUUCUGUCUUUCUUGAUAAUGAACAAUUAGCCUUAAGUCCAUUAAUGUCCAAUGAUGAAAGAGAGAGUAACUAA